AUGUCAAACAAAUCACCAUCUAGUUAUGGAACCUCCCCCACCACCGCCACCAGCAGCAGACGGCCGCCGCUUCCGCCGCCGCCACCACCGUCAACCUUCAUCUCUCGCGCCACAGCCCAGACUCAAUCCCUACUGGCCACGGGCCGCCCAUGGACAGAGCUCUUCGACUUCUCCUCCUUCUGUCGUCUCUACAAUCCUUCGAAACGGUUGUCAUCGUGGCAAGCCCAAAACUGCUGCAACUGGGAUGGAAUACUCUGUUCAAACUCAGGAUAUGUCAUAGCUGUCAAUCUCCGCAACCCUGUUCCAGAUAAUGCCUUACUCAACUUGAAUUCAGAAUUUGUUUCUACGGCGAACUCAUCCACUGCCAUCAAAGGUACAAUCUCUUCAUCUCUUUUCACCCUUAGCCAUGUCCGCUACCUUGACCUCAGCUUCAACAAUUUUUUGUUUUCAAAAAUACCCACUGGAUUGUCAAAUCUCACAAGACUCACUUACCUUAACCUCUCAAAUGCUGUGUUUAAAGACUCCAUCACAACCCAAUUUGCGAACCUGACUUCCCUAAAAUGGCUUGAUCUCUCAUGUUCUGGCGAAAUACCCGACUUGUCAUCUGUGUCAUAUUACUUAGGAUCCUCACUGAGGAUGAACUUGGGAUCGUUGUCUUCCUUCAUCUAUCGUGGCAAUUUGUCUUCCUCAAAUUUGAAUUGGUUGAAGGGUCUCCGCAAUCUCAGGGAACUAAGAUUGGGUGGUGUCAAUCUAUUUGUGGCUUCUCAAUUGAUCAAAUGGGCUGAUCCAUUAACAUUUCUUCCCAAUCUUGGGUCACUUGAAUUGUCCAAUUGCAGAAUUUUCGGAACAAUUCCUCUAGAUCAGCUUCUGAACCUCACUCAUCUCUAUUCAUUGACAAUGAAUACCAAUUCUCUCACCUCCCUAAUACCAAAUCAGCUUGGAAACCUAACUUCCCUUUCAAUCCUUGACUUGAAAAGUUGUAAUCUACAUGGUUCAAUCCCUUACCUACCUCAACUGAAAGAACUUUAUGUGGGUAACAACCUCGCUGUUAUCGUUGAUCUGAAUUCAGUGUUUUCAGUUCCCUGGACCCAUUUAGAAAGACUCGAAAUUCAAUUAACUCAAGUUAUUGGAUCAAUUCCACCUUCUUUCGGCAACACUACUUCACUGGUUCACUUUAUAGCCGAUAGUUGUUCAAUUCAAGGGCCCUUACCUUCUUCCAUCACAAACCUUUUUAAGUUACAAAGAUUACAGCUUGAUUUUAACAACAUAACUGGGCAUCUUCCACUAUCAAUAUCCGAACUAAAAAGCCUCCAGUUUCUGUAUUUAGCUGGGAACUACUUAGAAGGAUCGAUUCCAAAUUCAAUUUGUGAUGCCUCCUCUAUCCAGGAGCUUAAUCUGGAUGUCAACCUACUAACAGGAAGUUUACCCAGCUGCAUUAGCCGGCUUCCCAACCUCCUUUCUCUUUGCAUCGCCGGUAACAAGUUAAAUGGAACCAUUCCUUCAUUGGCAUAUUUGUUUCAAAAUUCCACCCCAAAUACAUUAAGUUUUGGUUCCAGUGGAUUAACAGUGAAAAUAGACCAAUCCCCAUUUCCAUCCAACUUCCAACCCCAAAUGUUGGAACUUGCUUCUUGCAACAUCGGAGGAGGCAUCCCUGAUUUCAUUUCAAAUCUGACCCGGCUUUCAUAUCUGAGCCUAUCUAACAACCAACUAUUCGGACCAAUCCCACAUUGGUUGUUCAGCAACUUACCAAGACUAAGCUAUUUGGAUCUCUCCAUGAACCAACUCCAUGGGGUUAUCCCACUAAGUAUUCGACUACACUCACAAUUUUUGUGGCCGACCACAUUAAAUCUAGCAAGCAACAACCUUGAAGGGCCUCUUCCUCGACUAAAUCUUCAGAAUGUACAAGUCGUUGAUUUAUCCGGGAACAAAUUCACAGGUUUUAUACCAACGCAGCUAGGAGAACUUCAGAGCCUCAGGUACUUAUCACUCUCUGGGAACAAACUCUUUGGCGAAAUCCCACUCUCGUUCUGUCACCCAACGAAUUCUCUGAUGCUUCUUGAUCUUUCGAAUAACAACUUGUCAGGGAGAGUUCCAACUAGCUUGGGAAACUGUACAUCUCUCAUAUCACUUAACCUUGGACAAAACAACUUCACCAGAGAGAUUCAAACUAAUGGUCUUGGGAACGCCGAGAAUCUGAGUUAUAUUGAUUUAAAUGGCAACAAUUUUGAAGGCCCUUUUCCAAGCUUCAUCCAGAGAUUUCAAAGUAUUGAGGUUUUAAUUUUGGGAAACAAUAGAUUUGAAGGAAAGGUUCCCCAGUUCAUUGGAGACCUCCAGAAUCUCCGAAUUCUUGUCCUAGCAUCCAACUUCUUCAAUGAAUCAAUCCCACAAGAGAUGAUGAACAAUUUAUCAAAACUCCAAUACAUAGACUUCUCAAAUAAUGAACUCUCUGGUCCUAUCCCUGAGAAACUGGACGGUUUGAAGAUUCUGAGAACUCGACCCAUUGAUGGAAUUGUUCUAGGCUAUGUCGUGUCGCUCAUGUUUGCUGGUGUUCAACUUGACAUAGUGUCUAAAGGAUUUUCACACCAACUUGAAGUUGUACACACCUACAAUAGUGGCAUAAAUCUCUCAGGCAACAAUCUCACAGGAAAUAUUCCAGCCGAAAUAGGCCUUUUACAGGGUCUAUACAUGCUUAACCUUUCGCAUAACGAUUUGUUUGGUGACAUCCCAAGGACGGUUGGUGAAAUGAGCGGCUUAGAAUCAUUGGAUUUGAGUUUUAACUGUUUGAGCGGGGAAAUUCCAGCGACAUUAACAUUGCUUGAUUUUCUGUCAUAUCUCAACUUGUCGUUCAACAAUUUGAGUGGGGAGAUUCCAAGAGGGGCACACUUUGAUACCCUUUCUGGAGAUGGAUCAGCGUAUGUUGGGAAUGAGUUCCUGUGUGGUGCUCCUGUUGGGGUGAAUUGUAGUAGCAAUGACAACUCUACAAAUAGUACUGAAACAGAUGAUGAGGAAAAAUGGUACUACUUUUAUGGGAUUGUUAGUAUUGGCUAUGGAGUUGGGCUACUUGGGUUCUCUCUACUCCCCUAUCUGAUGAGAGGGAAAUUUGUAGAGUGGUAUUGGAGUGCCAUUGACAACAUUGUAUUGAGAAUCAUUCAAUGUGAUACCGACCCAAGAGCUGCAGACAAAGAUGUUAGAAUUCCAGUUGAAUUUUCGGAUAUGCGGAACAGCAGAAGCAAAGUCCAGAAGGGACUGUCUAUCAGAGUUCAGGUCACCAAUAAUCAGGGGAAUGAUAGGCACAAACUCUGCUUCUACCAAUUGCAACUUCUCGAUGUUAAAUUCUUCUUCUGCGGAGAUCUCUGUCAAGCGAGGGACUUGAAGCGAGUUGGGCGUGAAGGUGGUGGACCCGAAGAAAUUUCAAGAGUAACACUCUCACUAUCCAUUGCAAUUACUUCAAGUUCGUGGUUGAAAAUGAUGAAAACGUUACGUCCAGAAUCCGUUCCAACAGUACAGCUUGUGAUGAUCCAGCAGCUCCUGCAGAUCCAACUUUGGUACCAAUAUGUUAUGGUUCUAGCAGCAGAUCCAGCAUACCAGAACCACAUGACAAUAAAACCAGCAGAACAUAUAACAGCAUCAUACCACCAGCAGAACUAG